AUGCACGAUGAACCCGACGAGGAGAAUCAGAUGUGGUGGUUGCAGAUUUGGGACUGGAAACACUCGACAACGUCCAAUUGCGUGCUCAGUGAUCCAGAGGGCCAGGAAUCACCUGAUUUUCGUUUCCUCGGAAACGAUAGACUGCUGAUUGUCAGCAAGGACUUAAAGCUCUAUUCAAUCGAGAAUCUGUCCCAGGCGCCACAAUUGCUGGCGUGCUUCCUGAUGCCUGUAUCAGUGAUGUCGAUAGAGUGGUUCUUUUCGAUGGAUGACAACAUUACCCUUAGCUCACACCUGCAGACGCGAGCCCGACGAACAAUGUGGACCCCGGACCCUAAAAAUCGAUUAAUAUCCCUUGUCGCAGGCAUCCGGAGUGACACACCAAACUCAUUCACAUUCAUUAUUUCUACCAGGAUUUUCUUCGAUCUUCAAGUUGGCAUCUUUGGAGGAAUGGCAACAAUCCCAUGGGAAUGUUGGGGUCCUCUAAAUUCUCGUAUUUUCCCGCACGACUCGCAAUGCAGAGUUGGUGUUAGCGGGAAUCGAGUUCUGCGCAUAUUUCCUGCGACGAGUGGGACAGCGGGUGAUGAAGGUUCCCCGGAUGACAGGGAUUAUAAGUUAUAUUUGAUGGACUUCAGCCCGUUAGCUGUCGAGCGCCGGCAAGGUCUAGGAAAAGUGGUAACCGAGCCAUCCACGAUAGAAAUCACCGAGUCGGCAGGGAAGUUGACAACGUUCCUGCCUUAUGUCGUGGUCGUGUUCGACAGAACAUUUGGUGCAGAUCAGUUAAUGGCCUUAUGGAUUGAUAAUGACAGAAUUUAUCUGCCCAAGCCGAAUAUCGAGGACCCCAACAGCGUAGGCUCUCUGUUUUUUCAAUGA